AUGGUCAACCUUUCGGUCCCCAACAACUAUACGUUCUCUCCUUCUGAGGGCACGCCGCAUCUGACCAUCAAUCAUGAUGUUGCAGCGGACUUAGACUAUACCAACGCCUUUGAAGGGCCGGAGAAGUUGCUGGAGGUAUGGUUUGCGCCGAACGCCAAUGCGCUCCCCGAGGGCGCCAAACCGAACGGCCUCAAGGCUGUGAAGCAGGAGACGUGGGUCGGCAUGCUUGACAUGGUCAAUUGCAAGAUCCUGUCAGUCUUGGACUCUGAGCACGUUGAUGCGUAUCUGCUGUCGGAGUCAAGCAUGUUUGUCUUCCCUCACAAGCUCAUUCUGAAGACUUGCGGGACAACCACCCUGCUUCUUGGUCUACGUCGCUUGCUGAGGAUUGCGGCCGCCGAAGCGGGCUUUCCCAUCCACAACGCUGCAGGACUGGACGAUAUUCAUGCUGCCGCUACGCCUUACAGGGUGUUUUACUCGCGCAAGAAUUUCCUCUUUCCCGACAAGCAGCAGGGUCCCCACCGCAGCUGGAAGCAGGAAGUCAAAUACUUGGACGACAUCUUCGAUAACGGAAGUGCCUAUAUGGUCGGGAAGAUGAACGGAGACCACUGGUACCUUUACCUCACCUCGCCUCAGGAGCAUGGCGAGGGCAAGCCGCCUGGUAGCCCCACCAGCACUUUCAAGAUCCCUUGCGGCAUGACAUCCGCGUUUGAUGGCACUCUCGAAGCGAACGACGAGACUCUAGAAGUUCUCAUGACCGACCUCGACCCGGAGAAUGCGAAGAAGUUUUACCUGGAGCACGCGAGUGCGGUCGCCUGUGCCAGGCUUUCUUCGUCGACUGGAAAAGGCGGAGAUGUGAACAUGACUGACAGUGUUGCAACCAUGAAGACGGCUAGCACCGUUGAUACCACUGCGGAUGAGGUGGAUGUAUUCAGCAAUGGCAGUGGCGAGGACCUCGGUGACGACCUCAACACUCCCUUGUCUUCUCAGCUCGAUGAUGAAGGCGUCACAACCGAGGGUCACGCACUGGGUUCAGUUGUCUCGGAUGUCUGCGGUCUUUCCGAUGUGUACCCUACCUCAAAGUACCCCGAGGCGCGCAUCGAUUCAUACCUCUUCAGUCCAUGUGGCUUUUCGGCCAAUGGUAUCGUGCCUGCUCCGCAGACCCAGGACAUCGACGAGGCCGCUCGCAAGACUCACUAUUUCACUGUCCAUGUCACGCCGGAGCCAGUCUGUUCCUUCGCCUCCUUUGAGACCAACGUUCCGGGCGGCCAGCACGGUCGCGAGACUUCCGAAAUCAUUGAGCACGUCGUGGACAUCUUCAAGCCGGGCCGCUUCAGUGUAACUUUGUUUGAGGCUAAGACACCACAGCCCCUGACUGAUAGCCCUCACGUCAGCGCGGGACGCAGCAAGCGCAUGGAAUCGGUCAAGGGCUACCGGCGCAUCGAUCGCAUCGUGCACGACUUUGAGGACUACGAGCUUGUAUUCCGCUUCUUUGAGCGCGAGGGGUGGACUGGUGGCAGUGGUGUCCGAGUCGGAGAGGAGCUCUAG